UUUCGACCUAAAGAUUGAACAAUUUUUAUUUCUGUCAGCCUCUGGUCUUGGACAGAUUGGUGAAGUCAUGGAAUGCGCUGUUGAGGGCGAAGACUAUCGAAGUCGACUGAAAGAAUUCCAGGAUGUUGAGGCUCGCCGUCUUCAGUUCAUCGAGGAAAUGCUUUCCAAGCUAGAUACAGUUACAGCAGAUCUAGAAAGAGUUACCCAAGACCGGGCCAGGGAGGUUUCAAUCCUCAAGGCUGACUUGGAGACUGAGCGUGAGGCUCGACGUGGUUUGCAAGAGAAGAAUGGUAAUCUUCUUCUGAGCGUUUCGAAGAUGGAGCAGGCACGGUUCGUGCUUGUUUUAGUUGACGCUGAUGCCGACAUAUACUUGUUUCGGGACGGCCUCCUUGCUCAAGGCGGACAGGGUGGCCAGUUUGCCGCUGAGGAGUUGAUAGCCAAAGUCAGAGAGUAUCUCGCAACUUUCGAAUCUUUCAAGGAUGCCGCCAAAAUUCCGAUCAUGGUAAAGGCGUACGCCAAUUUUUCUGGAUUGGCGCAAGCAUGCAUGCGAGACAAGAAGGUGGUAUCUAUGGAAGCCAUGAUGGAGUUCUGGUGUGGUUUCACCAGGCGGUUUCCUCUAGUUGACUUCAUCAACGUUGGCCCCGGUAAGGAGGAAGCUGACAGCAAAUUGAGAGAGGUCCUUGCUCAUCACAUUGUCAGUCCUCUGUGCGAGCAUGUUCUGCUCGCUUGUUGUCAUGACGCGGGAUACGUGCCUGUUCUCAGACAGUAUGCUGCUCAGAAGGACUUCUCCUCAAGGAUCACUUUGAUUGCUUCAGGUCCAUUUCGAGGCGAUAUGGUUUCUCUCGGAUUGCGAACGACCAAGUCUUUCGAGCCCCUUUUUGGUCACGUCAAGUCUUCUCAAUCUGUGAGAUCGUAUGCGGAGGUGGGUGCGGUGGCACCCAGGCCUCCGUCCACGAGUAAAGCCGUUUUAUCUGUGCAAGAUCUGAAAUUGUCAGGUAAACCUGUCGCGAAUUGUGACAGGUUGAGGCCGAUUCUCUUCAAUGAAGCAGGGAAGCGCAUCGACAAGCCUUUGAGUGUUCAUGGAGACUGUGUGAAAGAGAUCAGGAAGCGCAAUUUGUGCAGUUGGCACUAUCUGCGCGCAGAUUGUAUCGUGGACGGGUGCAAGAAAGUACAUGACUUCAGGAGGCCGUUGACUCCGAAGAAUUAUGAUGCGCUGUGGUGCAUUUCGCGUGAGAACGUGUGCCGCAGGCUUUCGAAGCAUGGGAAAUGCGAGGAUGACCAGUGUAUUUUUGGUCAUGGCUUCGUUUGAGUAUGAGAUGAAUCAAUUUGUGAAAUUGUGAAGGGCUAUGAGGACGGAAAUUGUGCAUUUUGCUUGGAAUAUUGAAACUCUGGGUUUACGAGCAGCUGAAAUUAGUGCAACUUGAAACAGAAUGUUCAUCUGCUGGCCUUACAUGGGAAGCAGUGAUGUUUAGAGGAUCAAAUGGAGAGAGUUUGAAAUCUGAG